AUGCGCCGAGGACCAAUGCGCACAAAUCUACAACCACAGCACCAAGACAACGCCUCACAGCCUCCGGUGGAACCAACUUACGAAUCCCUUCUACUUGCCUCUUCCAACAACAAUAUAUUAAGGGAUUCUUCGAAACUCAUCUUUACUACACGAUAUGGAAAAUGCCUGACCUUCCUGCGCUGUGAGCCAAGGGCACUGGCGGCAAUGUGGCGCAGCGUUUAG